UCACCGAUGACGUCACGUCCUCUGCCGCUUCCACGCGCCGAGGUUCCGCUGGCGAGGGUCCGAGUGUCUGGAAAAUAAACACAAAUAUAAACGUUUACCAUUAAAAUAAUAAUAAACAAACACCGGAAUCAUGGCGACGACAUUCGAGCAGAUGAGAGCGAACGUCGGCAAACUUCUACGGGGCAUCGACAGGUAUAACCCGGAGAAUCUGGCCACGCUGGAGCGGUACGUGGACACACAGGCCCGAGAGAACGCCUACGACCUGGAGGCCAACCUGGCCGUGCUCAAGCUGUACCAGUUCAACCCUGCGUACUUCCAGACCACCGUCACGGCUCAGAUCCUGCUCAAAGCGCUCACUAACCUUCCACACACAGACUUCACGCUCUGCAAGUGCAUGAUCGACCAGACCCACCAGCAGGAGGAGCGUCCGAUAAGACAGAUCCUGUACCUGGGAAACCUGCUGGAGACGUGCCACUUCCAGAGCUUCUGGGCCAGUCUGGAGGAGAAUCGAGAUCUCAUUGAUGGAAUCACAGGAUUUGAGGACUCCGUGCGGAAAUUCAUCUGUCAUGUCGUGGGAAUCACGUAUCAGAACAUCGAAUACAGGCUGCUGGCUGAGAUGCUGGGAGAUCCUCUGGACACGCAGGUGAAGGUCUGGAUGAAUAAAUACGGCUGGACGGAGAAUGAAGAGGGACAGAUAUUCAUUCAUAGCCAGGAGGAGAGCGUCAAGCCCAAGAACAUCGUGGAGAAAAUCGACUUUGAGAGUGUGUCCAGCAUCAUGGCGACGUCACAGUGAACACACACACACACACACACACACCUCAUGCCUGAGUUUCCACUUGAUUGAAUUUUACAAUAAACUAAUUUCAGUUAAGAAAUUUGGAGUCUUAAUUUCAUUAAAAUCGCACAUAGUUA